CCAUAGUCUAGGCUGUUACAUGUGUAAUACUUCUUAAUGCAAAGUGGUCAGUGUAGAGGAAUCAUUUGCAAGAGAGAGAAGGAAUCCUACAAAUGCAUGAUGUUAUUACAUGUCAUACUGAUCAGCCUAGGCCUGUAUCAUUCCAGUUGUCAAUCACAUAAAAAUGCAGCCACUUGGAAUCCUCCAAAGCGAAGAGUGGCGAGAUCUGUGGAGAAUGGUCCAGAGCCGGUCGAUUGCGUGCUUUCCGGCUGGUCUUCCUGGAGCUCAUGUGACCCGUGUGAAAAAAAGAGAUACCGAUAUUCACAGCUGACCCAAGUCCCUCAGUUCCAAGGUGACCCUUGUUAUGUAGUAGACCGACAGGAGGAGAGCUGCAGUACCAGAACCAUUUGUAGGAACACAAAGCGGUGUGAAGGUUUCCAAUGUGCAGAGUCCGGAAAAUGCAUCAGCCGUCGGCUACUGUGUAAUGGAGAUGAUGACUGUGGCGACCUGUCAGAUGAGAAGAACUGUAAGGUGGUCCGGAGUACAUGUACUGAUGAGAUGGAACAAUACUGGGCAAUUGAAAACCUGGCAGCAGGAUUGAAUUUAUUUACCAAUAACCGGGAAGGCUUGGUAUUAGAUCACCGUUACUACGCCGGAGGCUGCUCGCCUCACUACAUACUGGGGACGAGAUUUAGAAAGCCAUACAACGUGGAAAGCUUCCUCCCUGAGGGUAAAGGCAAAUACGAGUUUUCCCUUUCCGAAUAUGAGUCAUACUCAGAUUUUUCGAGAAAUUUUUCCUCAGCUCAUGCAAAACAGAGCAGCUUCAGCAUCGGCUUCAAGAUACCAUCUGUCUUUGAAUUUGGCUUCAGCUACAGCGAUAUGAAAUUCAAAACCUAUAGAGAAAGGACAACGAGAUAUUCUCACACGAAAAGUUUAUUUAUCCAUGCACGAUCUGAUCUAGAAGUGGCAAGAUACAAACUCAAAGCCCGGAACCUCAUGCUUCAUUCAGAGUUUUUCCAGAGAGUAAAGCAAUUACCGAUGGAAUACGUGUACGGUGAAUACAGAGACCUCUACCGGGAUUAUGGGACACAUUUCAUUACGGAAGCCACUCUGGGUGGAGUCUAUGAAUAUACGCUGAUUCUGAAGGAGGAAGCUGUAAAAAAUGAAGGUUAUUCCUUCAGUGAUGUAAAGUCUUGUGUGAAUGCUGGCUUUUCACUUGGAGGGAAUAUCUGCGGAGUCUGGGUAGGGGUCGGCAUGACUGAUUCAGAGUGCAACAAAAUCCUCAAGGAAAUCGGAGAUAACAGAUCAAGUCGCAAAAUAGUGGAAGACUUUGUCGCUCUCGUAAGGGGAGGGGCUAGUGAGCAUGUGACCACCCUUGCAUACAAAAACCUCCCGACGCCAGAGCUAAUGCAAGAAUGGGGGGACGCCGUGCAAUACAACCCAGAGAUCAUAAAGAUAAAGGUCAGCCCUUUGUAUGAACUUGUGACAGCAACAGAUUUCAUUGGUGCAACCACCUUACAAGAGAACAUGAAGCGCGCCUUGGGAGAAUACCAGAGGGAGACCAGUUCCUGCCGCUGCACCCCCUGUCAAAACAAUGGCGUUGCUGUGUUCACCGAAAAUCGCUGUGAAUGUGUUUGUCCAUUGGGGUUCAAAGGCUCCGCUUGUGAAAUCACCAAGAGGCCGGCUCCAAAAAUAGAUGGAAGCUGGAGUUGUUGGUCAAGCUGGACAUCGUGCUCGGGGAGGAUCCAGACGAGGCAGCGUCAGUGUAAUAACCCCUCGCCACAAAACGGAGGACAGUCAUGUGAAGGAGCCGCCACUGACACAAGUAGCUGUUAAGGCGCUACAGUUUAUGAAACUUUGUGGCAUCUUCCUCACCUUGCAGUAGCCUGUAUCCCACGUUCCCUGCCUGCACAAAAAAAAUCAGUUUAUAGUAAUAAAGUUAAAAGAAGACAGGGAGGAGGGAUAGGAGGGGGAUGCAGCUGCAGUUUCCCUCUGCGAGGCUGCAUGCUGUGAGAGGGGAGGAGGAGCUGCAAAGAGGAAACAUCUGAUUGGCUCAGAGCAAAAAGCUCAGCUCUGACAUCACAGCAGAAAGAUCCCACCCAUUGGAUUUUUUUGGUACCAUUAUAAUCAACAGUUACACUGUAUGGUGUCCAUCAACCUAGAUCUCAUUUUGUUACAUCUUGAAUUUUGUGGUUUAUUUAGUUUUUUGCAAAAGUGAAAUAAAAUAUUACAGUGUGAA